AUGUCAGACUCAUCAAAUACCCCGAGCAUAUCAGACAGAUCAAGUACGGCCGAUACAAUCAAUUCGCAAAACUUAUCGAAUACAUCAUUAGAGGAACUAGUCCCGCUGGCAGAUGAGCGGACAUUAAAAGUUGUCACUCGAGCGAACCAAUAUUUCGAGAACAAAAAUUAUAGGGCAGCAUUAGACGAGUAUACCAAGGCUCUUACUCUAUCUCAACCUAAUCUCAACCCUCUCGAAAGUUCGGAUUUUUCUGCAUUACUUUUUUCCAAACGUAGUGCAACUUACUACUGCUGUCAGUUGUAUAAGGAUGCGGAGAAGGAUGCUGCUCAAGUCAUAAGGAUAAGACCAGGAUGGGCUGAGGGUUAUUUUAGGCGAGCCGAAGCGUUGUUGGAUAUGGGUAAGUAUGAUGAGGCAAUGGAUGAUUACGAGAGAGCUCGAACGAAAGAUCCAAAGAAUCCUCGGAUUCCGUUGAAAAUAGCCAAAGUGAUGAUACUAAAAGAUAACAUAGGAAUGGGAAGAGAUAUAUGUGUUAACAGAAAUGCGUUAGUUACGCCAGUUCAAGCAAAAAUCUUUGACUGUGCGAUAGAAAUGAAGAAUAUAAUAUAUAUUGUGGCAGACACGGAGACUCGAAAAUGUGUCGUAAUUGACGCAUGCUGGGACGUCGAUGGCAUUGCGAGGUUUAUCAAUCAACAUUCUUUUACUCUGACCGGGGCUAUCCUCACUCACUAUCAUUUUGAUCAUGUGGGUGGGUACCCUCCGCCGCCAUAUGACUAUAUUCCUAUCAGAGUACCUGGGUUGUACACACUGCUCAAACGAUAUCCCGAGAUCAGGGCCUACGUUCAUCCUCAAGACCUUCCAUAUAUUCUUGAAGCUAAUCCCUCACUAUCCUCCUACGAGUCCAGGAUCGUUCAUACGCAUAGUCAUUAUAUUCUACAAUUGGGCGCAUCUACCUUAUUGAGAUUCAUGCAUACUCCAGGGCAUACGCCUGGCAGUCAGGUGAUAUUAGUUAAUCAGACAAGGUUGUUUACCGGCGAUACUUUAAUGGUCGGAAGUUUUGGAAGAAUAGAUUUGCCUGGUGGUGAUAUGAAUGAAAUGAACAAGACUCUCAAUGAGAGAUUAGCGAGAUUUGAAGAUGGAAUUGUUGUGUAUCCCGGACAUGACUACGACGGCGAUUGGACGACAAUAGGCAUGGAGAGGGCGAAGGGAAUAGUAGGAAAGAUUGUAUUAUAG